AUGCCCUUGCGCAUCACCUCUGCUCCUGUUUCUGGGGUCAAGAAAAGUAAGAAACCAUCCAAUACAGCGUUCCGCUCCUCUCCAUUUGCUAGUCAUGCUCGUCGUAAAGCUACCGCACAAUCAUUUACCGAUGUCAAACCCAAUGACCCCAGUGGCGGAUUUGAGGAAGAGUAUGGCCAAGGGCCACUUCCGGAUAUUGGAAUGUCACGAUACAUCCCAGAGACUACUCCGGUCGAGGAUGUUAUUCAGGCAAUAUGUCACAUCAAGGAUAAUGUUUUUGAGGACCUUCCCGCUCGAACAGGCAUGAACAGCACCCGUGUCGCCGAGUUAUUGAAUCAUCGUCGGUCACUGCCACCCCUCGCCUCGGUAGCCCACGUCCAUACGUUACUGGAUGCACCAACGAAGGUGGAGAGAGAUAUAAUGGACUUUGUAAAUUCUGGUCGAAUCCGCCGAUUAAUUGUUCCGGGCAGAGGAAAUGACGCUGCUGGGUUAGGGGAUUGCUUAGUUCUCUCUGAGGACUGGGAAAGGCUUGUGCGAGACAGUUCUAUAGGUUCCCAUUUGAAAGACAAGUUUUUGGACGUGCUCAGUCGACCCGGUAUUAUAGUGUAUGGCGCUCGUCCGUGCUGGCUUUCUGGUCUCGUCGUCUUCGGCCAAUGGAUCUCCCGGCAUAAUAUCGCUUCCGACCUUCCCACCCACACCUUCAUCCGGAAACUCGGCCAGUAG